GGCUUGUGAGUGGGAGGAAGCGCUUUUCAGCUCUCGGAUAUCCUUUUCUCGCUCACGAUGUGGGAGUGCAUGAUCAGCGAGACCCGCAAAGGGCGGCACAAGCGGAGCAACGAGGAGAAACCCUCUCCCUCGAGAGAUGCGCCCCUGGAACUCCAGCUCGCUGGGAUCCGAAGAGACAGAACGAGUCAGCUGGAGAAGCUUAGGGCGGCUGCCCAGAGGUCUCGCCGCCGAGAAAGUGAGGCUGAGGCGCCUUCUGAUGCGGGCUACAGGCUCAAGCAAUUGUACAGUCGAGCCUCUCAGGACUUGGCAUCGCUAGCAUCUCAGCUCGCCCAGCACAACGGGCUCCGGCAGUUCAGCGCGACCUUCUCCACGCGGGCGCCGCCUCUGGAGCUCCGCAUGCUGCUGCCGGAGUUGGAGGCUUCCAUUGAGACACUGCUCUCUUCGCUGUCCAGCUGUUCCGAAGAGAUCGCGCUGCUGCAGGUUCCGAGUGAGACUCGUUUGGCCACGCUGAGAGAUGCCGUGUGCAGCUACUUGCGCUCCGAGCACGAAGACGCAAAGGGACAUUUUCAUGAACAGUGUACCCACAUGCGCGCGCUGAGAAGCGUGUCCCCGCUCACCUCGCCAAUGACCAUGCCCGUACUGCCCAAGAAGCUGUCGGGCCUGGGGUCUCCGGAGCUAUCAUACAUGAAGGAGCCGGGACCUUCCUCAGUGUCUACGCGGAGCUCGCCGGAGAUGCCCGAGUUCACCCUGGAAGAGUUCAAGCUGGACGAGGACAGCGAGGCUGAGGAUGCCCCGCCUUUUGCAGCUGUGAUGUCCUGAUCUCGGAGCUUGCCGCGUGCCAGGAGCACCCAUCUCGUGAGCGGGCUCAGGGGCCCUACCUCAAGCUGGUUGAGCAGAACCCUGAAGUCACACCUCUGCGAAGGUGAAACCCCGAAUUUCUGCCCAGCCAGCUCAAAUUUUAACUUGAGGAAGCUAAUAGCUGUAAAGCCGAUCCCACGGAUUGCAUUGUACAGUACGGUUGACAAGUGACCAGGUCUCAUUUUUGCUGGGAAUGCACUGCAAAGUUUGCAGUGCGAGCCGAACUCUUGACCAGUCUUUUCCCCGAGCAACGGUCGGCAUUUCCUGU